AUGGAAGGUUUUAUGGUGUUUGAGGAAAAAAAUACACUAUCACCCAGCACAGCUGUGGAGUUUCAUAACACCCGCACAACUACGUUCUGGAGUUUGGGCAUACUCGCCUCCAUACCCGCCGGUCUACUCAUACUCGCGCUCUUCGGCCUUUUAUUAUAUCUGCUGACGCGUUGCUGUGAUCGUAAGCCGCGUAAACCCAGCGCACAGCGUUGCCAGAGUUGCUCACUAGUGAUAAUUACGCUAAUGACAUGUGCAGCCAUUGGACUGGGUCUCUACGGCAACGAUGAUUUCCACAAUGGCCUGCUGCAGGCUUUCAGUUCCGGCAAACAAGUCGAAGGACUUGUGCUCAAUUUAAAAAGACAGACUGAAUCAAUCAAACAUGAUCUCGAAACGAAAAUGUCCCAACACAAACUCGAGCAGCAAAUCGAAAAAGUACAAUACAAUCAAACAGCCGUUAUGCUGUUGAUCGACACGUGUCAAUUGGUCAGAGAAAAUACCUCACGUGCCGUCACCAGUCUCGAUAAUAUGGUGUUGUAUUUCAUGAAGACGAAAGGCAGUGAAAACGAUACGUCACUUAUGGGAUUGUUAUAUCUCGGCGAAUUAUACGAAUCUAUCCGUUGGCCCGUCACCCUCGGCUUCCUCACACUACUCUUGCUGCUCUGCACUAUACUGGUGAUUGGUGUAGCGCGUCGUUCGCGUUGUGCACUCAUCUUCUUCAGCGUAUCCGGUUUAUUUUGUAUUAUCAUUUGUUGGCUUUUGGCGGGCAUUUACUUGGCAUCAUCGGUGGCGGCGGGUGAUUUCUGUAUGCGUCCGCAUGAGUUUAUGUGCCGGCAAGUGGGCAUGCGCAGCCCAUAUGUAUAUUUUCUCAAUUGCGGCACACUGCGUAAUCGAUUCAUAUUACGCUUGAACGAGUCACGUGAUUUGGUGGAACGUGCACGCGAGUCAAUUUAUUUAAUACAACGCAUGAGCCAGGAGACAUAUCCACGCAUCGAUGUGCACAAAACGCUCGAGGCCAUGGAGAAUGAUCUCGAGGAGACGAAACGUAAUCUGACCGUACUCUCAGCGACGCUCGAUCGACGCGCCAUCGAUCGUCAUUAUGCCGAUGCGUUGCGUGGCCUUUGCGGUGGUGGCCUACUUGGGCUGAGUCUUAUGAUGGUCGCCGGAUUGUUGACUUCAUUUCUGCUCACCAUAUUGGUGUAUGCCGAUUCGCAUGCUUGGAUCUACCUGAGCAAACGACCCAGCUCACUGGAUAUUGACAAGUCUGAAACCACGCCGCUUUUCCCAUCGAAUGCACCGAGCGCGAGCAUAUCACCCACCGCACCCCUUCAUACGGGCACCAUGAAUCGCACUCUACCACACCAUCAGCAAUCAGCGUCGCAUGGCAUUGGCAUAGGCGUAGGCGCCGGCAGCGGCGGUGGCAGCGGUGGCGGCAUUGGCAGUAGCGGCACGCUUGGCUCGCAUCGCAAUGGCACCGCCGGAAUCAGAACAGGGUUCGUCGCAACAUCAUCACCUACAACAACUACAACCACACUACAAUACAACAAUCAUCCACAUAGAACUAACGCUAGCGCAGGCAUUGGUGGUGUUGGCAACACUGGCACCGGCAUAUUAAGCGGCCGCUUGACGGUUGGCAGCAGUGCCAGUGGCAAGGCAUCACCAUCGCCGCCGCCGGGUUAUGAUGUUGUGGUGCAUGGCACAAGAUCGGGUCACCACACACUCGGCCGACUACCUUCACAUCAUCAGCAGAACUCGUCGGGCUAUCUAAGCGGUCCCAAUAAUGGCAAAUAUGCUACGCUCAGCAAACAAUGCAAGACUCUUGAAUCCAGCGAUUUUUACUGAGAAUCGCUUGCCUGCAGCACAAAUGCAGGCAUCAGCAACACCAAUAACACCACCAUCCUUGGCAGCAGCAGCGCCAGCAAUCACAUCAAGCACCAACAGCACAACAACUCACUAAAGAAUAUCUUCGCUUCGGCUACAUUACCACGCUCAGCUGGCUCCUCCAUACGCUCCGUACUCUCCGCACAGGCGGUACAUCGUUCCACUGGCAACGGUUUGGAUCGCGACGAUGAUCGUGAUCCGCGCGAUGUCACCAAUAAUAGCUUCAAUCGCUUCGACCCGAAGUACAUCAGCAUCGGACCGAAAGCGGUGCGCGGCAAUAAUAAUUUGAAUAUUGUCGCUGCUGCCACGGCAAAUAAGUGCGCCACGCUGCGCCAUGUCGGCCGCUAUGGUGGCUCGUUGAAGGGCGCCAGUCCUUCGCCGAAUCUUCGCAGCGCCAAGACACCCUCCAUUGCAACCGUUUCAAAGGAUUACUGCCAACAACCGGACUGCAUACCGCAAACCUAUACGACUGAGGUGAUUGUGCCACACCAAGCGCAACCACAACAGCCGCCACCACCGCCGGCGCCGUUGCCACCACCAAAGCCGCGUACGACCAACACAUUUACCGAGAUACCGGGCACUACGGGUGUGGGCAGUUCGUAUGCCAAAGAGCAGCAACAAAUGCUGAUGCAGCAGCAGCAGCUACAACAAUUCCAGCAACAACAGCAACAGCAGCAACAACAACAGCUACAGCUGCAACAACAGCAGCAGCAACAGCAAUUAGCAGCGCUGCAAGCUGCACAACAGCAACAACAAGCACAAACACAACUACAAAUGCAACAACAGCCAACGCUGCAUCAGCAGUUGCACCAACACCACCCGCCCACGACGCAUAUACUGCCCCCUUCGGCUGUUUAUAGUAUUGAGACGUCGGGCUAUCAACCUCAGCCACAACAACAACAACAGCAGCAGCAGCAGGCAUCAGCACAGGCACAGCAAAUGCAGCAACAUAUUAUAAUUGCACAGCAGCAGCCACCACCGCCAACAGCUGCACCACGCGAACCCCCACGGCCACCACCGCAACGUUCACUAAAUCCUGCUUCAAUUGUCAAUCAGCCAUUGCCUGAGAUUCCACAACAGGCGCAGGGUCAGCAAUCGAAAAUAUCACCACAGCCCUUGUGCGCCGCCAAUCUCAAUCAAUAUCGUUCAUUACAACGACCACAAGCGCAAAAAAUGCAAUUGCCCACCGCAGCUAUGCCGGCACAGCAACCGCAGCAGCAGCAGCCACCUUCAUUGCCGCCAAAGAAGAAGACUUCGCGCGAAAUAAGCACUUCGACCGCCGUCGGUGCUUUGAAUGCCAAUCAUUUGCAGACUUUGCCACCAAAGUCGGCAAGUCUGCGGCAGCAACAGUCCGCCAGCGGCGCCUACAGUUACGAGCGCGAACGUGAACGUGAACGCGAGCGCGCAGAACGUCAUGAACGGCCUAGACGCGCUGAAACGCUCGAUAAUGCGCGUACAGCCAGCAGCGGCAGCGGCAUGGCUUACAUCGAGCAACAAUUUGGCAGCGGUGGUAUGAAGAAGCAGCACUCUUAUGAUUCGUAUACGCUACAGCAGCAGCAAGCGCAGCGGCAUGCGGCCGCCACAACGCCCAACAAUAAUUACCAUGGUGCGAUCAACACCAAACACCAUCAACAACAACAACAACAACAGCAGCAGCAGCAGUAUUUAAUUGAGGCACAACAACAGCAGCUGUACUAUCGCUCGCUUAAACGUGGUGGCUCGCACGCCAACAACGAUCUCUAUUCGGUCACAGAGUUGUAGGAGUGUGCCUGCUGCGGUGGCGGCGUGGAUGUUGUGCGACGAACGACAACGUGUCCCACAACAGCUGCGCCACUAGUCGCAGCAGCAGCAGCCGCACAAACGGUUGCACCACCACCACCCAUACCGUUGCCGCCGAAGAAGCAUCGUUCCUCUGCGAGCGUGGGCACCACAGCAAUGCCGACGCGCGAUAGCCAGACCACUACCAAAGCCACAACGACUGCAGCGACAACAUCGGCGACGACAAUGACAUGUGAUGAUCAUGAAUACGACGAAUACUGUCCCGAGCAAUACGAUGCGCAUCACCGCCACCAUCACGGGUCAGCGUCGCAGACACAACAACAAUGCGAGCGUGAGCGUGAACGAGAAAGGGAACGUGAAAGAGAACGUGAACGAGAACGCGAAAGGGAACGUGAACGUGAACGUGAACGUGAACGUGAAAGAGACCGUGAACCACAUCAUCGCCAUGGCUCAUCGCGGAGUGGUGCGGCUGCUUCCGCAUUAAAACACCAACGUGCCGCCACUUUUGAUGUGGCCGAUGCGCGUGACUACGAACUGCAACGACUGGGUAAUCGGCGUUCACAACAGCAACAGCAAUUACAGCAGCAGCUGCAGCAAGCAUCGAGCAACGGUGGUGGUACUGUCAAAUUUCGUAGCAAUGAGCAUCGUGGCGAGCGUACACACGAUCGCGAACGUUCGCGUAGUGAUCAUCGCAUUGCUACAUAUGCCUGUGAUGACACAGCGCUCUGCGGCAGCAGUACCGGUGGUCAUCAGCAUCAUCUCGCCAACGGCGGUGUAACACAGUCGAGCAGGCAGCAGCGGCGCGAAAAAACUUUCAAAGUAUGAUUUUUAGAGACGUCAUAAAAAUUUUCCCCUCCCUCUGCGGAGACGUACGGUAAACAUGCAACGGCAACGGCGGCAUACAGUUGGUAAAUUUUUCAGAUAAUGAAUCAAUGUGGCAGUCCGGUGGCAGUUGAUCAGCCGCAAUGACGGCGUGUACUUGUGCGUUUAGUGGAGGGCAGAGCGGCAGCAGCGCGGCGGAUUUAUAAUAAUAAUUGUGAGCAACACACAAAAAAAACAAAAACAAAAAACCAAAACCAAAAACAACAAUCCAACACCAAAUUAUCAAUCAACCCAAAGAAGCGAAAAAAAAACUCUCACCCAGCCAGUAAACGAACGGCACGGCACGAGCGUGGCUUAGUUGUUGUGUUGCCUUCUAUUAGAAAAUCAUUAGCGAAAAAUUGGCACCAAAUCCAAAUCCUAAAUAAGUGUAUAUGUAUUUACCUACGUAUGUAAUAUUAUAACUGUUUUCGUGACUAGUGUUGUUGUUGUGUAGUUUUAGCUUAGAUUGUGUUUUUAAAAGCUAAACAAAUGAGAUGCUGUAGAAUAUUUGUAUGUAUGUGCUAAUUUUAAAAAAGUGUUAACAAUUGAAAGGAGUAUCAAAUUUAAAGCGUCAUAGAGUUAGAAAAAAAGGUCUAAAAAUUUUAUGGCGGGCAAUUUAAGGUGAAGUGAGAUUUUACAACUUUACGGCGACGUAAGCGUGUGACGCGAAUUUCAAUUAUUUCAAAUUUAGUGAGGUAUAAAUUCAUUAAAUAUUUUAGGUAUCCUCCAACAAGCUAUGCCAUGGGUUUUAUCAGUUUAUUAGUUUUUGAAAUUUAUAAAAAUAUUAGCACGCAUCAGUUCCUUGUAUAAAAUUGCUAACAAAAUCGCUUCAUUUUCUAUAUCAUUGUGUGAAGAAUGGGAAGCACAAUCAUGAUCCAAUAAUAAAAAACGGUUGCCAUUGGCGCAAUUUGGAAGUAAGGGAAAGAGGGGCAUAAGUUGAUCUGCUUUCUGAAAAGGUAGUAAAAAAUUAAAAAGAAAAAAAUCGCAGUAAACCAUUGACUAAUUUUAUGUCAUUUUUUGAAUGAUACUUAAUUAUUUAUAUUUUUAAUUUAACCAUUCCCGUGGAUUUGUCACAUAUAAAUACGUUUUUUUCCUUGUUUACUCCUCUCGGGAGCAUAGAGCCCCGAAAAGACUCAGUCUUGCGUUGGUUUCGUUAAUCUGUUUUGAUUUCUGACAGGGUAGGGGAUUAGCCUGCCGCUACCAGUCCUAAGUAGUGGGAAUGCCUACCUGUCGUUGCUUAGGAAAUACUUUACACCUUUUAUAUAAAUCAAAAUGUAUUUACUCCGCUUGCGUAAUUCCAGCAGUGCAAAAUUUCGAUAGGCAUCGCAAGAGCAUCACUAGGCAGCUUUGCUCUCCUCUGAGCUGGAGAGCGAUAAUUGUAAAAUCUGCAGCGAUACACGAAAACUCUUUCGCCAGGUUUCAAUGAAGUGCCGCACGAUUUUACCCAAGGCCAAUCUAUUAAAGCUGAUAGCAGUAGGCCUGCAGAUUUGUUGUUUUUGUUUUUUCUCCAUGUACAUUCGUAUGUCAACACAAAAUUGAAUUACGAAACGUAUUGCUCAAGGCGAAUCUGGCGAAUAGAUUGGGGCGUGACUACCAUUCGGAGUUCAGAGAGAACGUAGGUUCGAAUUUCGGUGAAGGACUAAAAUGAAGAAAAAGUUUUUUCUAAUAGCGGUCGCCCCUCGGCAGGCAAUGGCAAACCUUCGAGUGUAUUUCUGCCAUGAAAAUGGGCCUCAUAAAAAUAUCUGCCAUUCGUAGUCGGCUUCAAACUGUAGGUCCCUCAAUUUGUGGAACAACAUCAAGACGCACACCACAAAUAGGAAGAGGAGCUCGGCCAAACACCCACAAAGGGUGUACACGCCAAUUAUAUAUAUAUAUAUAAAUCAGCACAUUUUUUUUUUUUUUCUUUCGCCGUGUUCAUGUGGCUGUCAGCCCAGAAUGAAAAAAGACGAAUUCAUUCUUUGUUUUCUACUUUGCCAAUACUUUUCUUUGACAAUCAAACGUAAAAAAUAUUGUUGUUGGUCUAGUGCCACCACCUUUGCUGAAUGCGCCUUGGUAUUAUUACACUUGCAUUCAAAUUUGUAAUUUGAAAAUUGAAAUUUUGUGUUGAAUUUAAAUUCAAAAGUUAUUAUGAAUAUUGAAAAAUAAUUUCAACACAACAAAUAAAUAAAUUCUUUUUUCUAUUUCGUCUUCAUAUCUUUUGUUCUACUUUGAAGUGACAGUUUAUUGUACAAAAUUUUGUUGUGGGCCUAGUGCCCUCGCUUUUAAUGAACUCGCCUUGAUUUUACUCAAUUUUUUCUUUUCAUUUUGAGUUUUGGCACAUUAAAUUCCACGCCCUGUUUUGCACACGUUUUGUGGUGCAGUAUUACCUGCACACUUUUUUAGCAAAAGUUUUCCUCUCUAUGCUUCUUCUGUAAUUUUUCUUUAGAAUUUGCUUUGAAAUAAAAAGUAGCUUUUGCUAGCGGACAUUACGGAUUUAUUAUUUAGCUCAUGGCUGCUACAGGGUGACAAUUAGACAUCUUACAUCACCUUUGAUUAUCUCCUCAUGAAGCACAAUGAAUAUUUUAUUUUAUUUUAUAUAUUUUUUCUAAUGUAUUUGGACUUGUUUUCCAUUAAUAUACACGCUUCUCUUUAUUUAUUAUUAUUAUUUUUUUUAAUAAUAUAAUCUUUUUUGGAGGUAUAUAUUUUGUAAUGUAAUAUAACAGUAUUUUAUAACAAAGUAAAUUUAAAUUUUUUUUUCUUUAAUUUUUAAGUCUGUAGCUGAAAUUUUGUUUAAGUUUUUUAAAUAUAAUACGAUAUAGAAAAUGUUUUUGGAACGUCCACACGCUUUCGUCGCCAAGUUAUGACUCAACAAAAUUACACACACAUACUGUAUAAUUUAAGUACGAACAAAAAUUUGCACAACACACGCAUAAAACUACAUGAUUUCGAUAUAAUUUUUUAAUAAAAGUGUUUACGACAAAAUGUCAACAAAAACAUAGUUUCCAAACAGUAGAAAAGUACCAGUUUUUCUGAGCAAACGAGUGCUUUAGUUGGUUUUGCAUAAGUUUUUGCAUUAACGGUAAUAAAUUGUAUAAUAUGUUACCGUUAUAUUUGCCAUACGUUGUUGAGUGUUGCCUAUUGUAUGCAUUUGUAAUUUAUUAGUUAUGAUUUGUUUUAGUUUAAAUAUAUAAUAGUUUGCAAAAAAUUUGCAAUAAAUUAUGAAAAAUUUAUUUAGGUUAUGUUGUAAGUAAAUAAAAUGUGAACUAGAUAUAAUUAUAAAUUAGUAUAGUGAUUAUUUUAACCAAAUGAACGAGCAUAUCGUGUUAAGAAAUUUCAUUGAAUAAUUAUUUUUUAAACUAAACAAAAAACAAAUUACUUAAUGUUCUCAUUUAAAUGUGUUUUACUUGCGAAUUUGACAAUUUUUUCAAAAAAAUAUUUAUUCAUU